UACCACCUUAGAGGCUUUUUAACUGAAGAGCUUUCAAGAGGUUUCUGGUCUGUGUUUGAGCUACUCUGCAAAUAAAUACAUCUUGCUAUUCAGCUUGGAAGAAGAGACUGUACACAGGUACGGUGGUUUCUGCUCUGUUGUGCAGGAUGUCUCUAAGGAAGCUGCUGCAAUUAUCAGCAGGAGCUGUGUUUCUGCUCCUAUCCUGUUUUGGUGACGUGGUCUUUGGAGAGAUUGGCAACAGCUUCUCCAAGUGCCACCGUUUCUUUUAUAAAGGAACUCCUCCUACAGGUAUCAGUGCAGCAGCAUACCAGCCAAUAUGCCAGCGCUACAAAAACCAGUACCACUUUGCCAGUUUGUAUCACCGUCACCAUCGUGCACCUUUGUACUCUGCGUACAUACUCAGCCCUGCAGAUGGCAAACGGCCCAUUUCAUCAUGGAAGUAUGAACCACAGUUGGCAUUUUCCCGUGCCAGCCCAGAGAUGCAACAGUUCCAUUACCCCGUGGACCAGAACGUGAUUGAGAGCCAGGCGGUGCUUGACGACUACAAGAACUCCAAGUUCACCAAGGGUCAUCUCAACCCCAGCUCACACCAGAAGACAAAAGAGGACCAAGAGGCCACCUUCACCCUGACAAACAUUGUCCCUCAGCAGAAAGGCUCCAACUCUGGUCCCUGGAACAAUCUGGAGAAUGAGGUGUUGAGAAAACUCAAGGCCUUCUGCAAAGGGUCCAUGUUUGUGAUCACCGGAGCCAUGCCUUAUGAGUCUGGGCCCCGCUGGAUCAAUAACAGGGUGUCUGUUCCCGAGUACAUGUGGUCUGCCUACUGCUGCCCAUCCUACAGAUCUGACCUUCAUGAGUCUGUGAAGCCCUUUUUCCCCACAUACGCUGCAGUGGGAAGAAAUGACCGCAACAGUGGAGAGGAGAUUGUGCCGGUUGAUGUCAAGGCGAAGGCCUCGGUGAGGGGUUAUGAUGUGAGGCGGAUGUCUUUAGAGACCCUGGAGGGCAUUUUGCAAACAAGGCUAAAAAUGCCAAUCAGUCUGUUUAAAGGGCAGUGUGGGUGAGACGCUCUAGUUAACUUACCUGCACACAGUUCACCCAUCAUAGCCAGGGUUCUUCUGAGGUAGUGUCUACUCAGUGUCUUAAAGGGACACCAAAAAUUCAUACUUUUCCUCUUACUUGCAGUGCUAUACAGUACAGGCCAAAAGUUUGGACACACCUUCUCA